AUGGGGGUCCACGUUUACACUGAGGAGAACACGUUCCCUGUUUCUCCAUCGAGGCUGUUCAAAGCCCUGAUCGGGGACUCUGAAACUCUCGUCCCCAAGCUCUUUCCUCAGCUUGUUAAGUCCAUCUCUGUCGUCGAAGGUGAUGGCGGCGUUGGCACCAUCAGGCUCAUCACUUUCCAACAAUGCACGGUUCCUACAAGAGUGCCGAGUAAGAAUGUGAAGACGAGGAUCGAUGCCUUGGAUGCGGAGAAGUUCGCAUACAAGUACAGGUUGUUGGAGGGAGACCUGUUGAACGAGAAGAUUGAGAGCAUAUCGUACGAGGUGGUGUUUGUUUCUGGAGGCGCCGGAGAAACUAUAAGAAAGACCAAAACAACCUAUGUCAUCAAGGGCGACGAGCCGCCGAUGGAAGAUGAGCGGAAUAAAGGGAAAGUCACCGCCACAGCUAUGUUGAAGGUUGUGGAAGGCUACAUGCAACAAAACGUCAAAACCCAUAUGUGA